AUGAAUAGAUUAAUUUUAGAUGCAAACAAUGUUUUAAAGUUAAAGCAUAAUAUUAAAUUUAUAAAUAAUUAUAGAUAUUUUACAAAAUUUCGAAUAGACAACACAAAUAAAAACUAUAAUAAUAAUAAUAAUAAUAAUAAUAAUAAAAAUAAUAUCCAAAUAAAUAGUAAAACACAAACAAUAAAUAUUAAAAAUAUAAAUAUAGAUAAUAAAAAAUACUUUAUCACCUCAAAUUUAAAUAGUAAAGACGACUUUCUUGAAGAAACUACAGGAGAAUUUUCAGAUGUAUUUAAAAGUAUUAAAGAAUUUUUAGCACUUGAAGAUACAGAGCAAAGUAUAGAGCUUUUUAAAAGUUUACCGUAUAAAACUGAAGGUUCAAAAAUAUUUUACAAAUAUUUCAAAAAGAUAAUAUACCAUACGUUACAACGCAAACAUUACAAUACAAGAGAACUUUUUUUAUUCAUUAGAGAUAACAUCCAUUAUUUCCCAGAUUUUAUAAACAACGACUUAUUUUUAAGGGCUCUAAAAGAAUUCUAUGAUUUCGAAGUUGAAAAAAGAGACAGCAUAGUGUUGGAGUACUAUAACCAUCCAUUCAAAAAUAUACUGGAUGAAGUAUUCGAGUUCUAUAUUGUAGAUUUUCAAACAGUUGAAAAUAUUUUGGCAUUUUUAAUUUCAAAAAGAGAUUUUCAAAGAUAUGAUUCAGUUUUUAAAAUGUAUAUAGAAAAAAGGGAUGUAGCAAAAUUUAUCAGUAAAAAAUUAAACUUUCAAUCCUCAGAAUCUCAUCAAAAUGAAGAAACACCAAUGUCACAAAUACAAUCAGAGCAACAACCACAACAGUUAAAUUUAAACGCCAUCGAUUUAAAUAAUUUACCACCAACCAUAACAUUUAGUUUACUUCAUAGAGCUAUUCUAAAUAAUGAGGCUUCAAAUGUAAGAAUUUUAUUAGAUCAAUUAAUCAAAAUCGGAACAUUGGAAAUUGAAGCAUUUCAAGUUAUUUUCGAAACAUGUUACUAUAUGGGGUACAAAGAGACUGAACAAUUCUUUGUCAAUUAUAUUCUUCAGAAAGAUUAUCGUUGGUAUUCAUUAUUAAUAUACUUCAACCAAAAUAAAAAAAAAGAAGAUAUUUUUUUUAGAUUAUUAAGCAAUAUAACCGAUCCACAAAUACCGAUCACUCAAAGAGAUGAAAUUUUAUCAUUUUUAGUUCCAAUCAAUUUACACUUCAGGAAUUUUAAUGUAGCAUUCUUUUGGCUUCAAACCUAUGUCAACACUUUUAGUACCAAUAUUGAAUCAUUACUUUAUUUCUUUAUUUAUAGUGAAGUACGUAUUUAUACUACUAAUUCCUUCUUUUUGGGAAUUUGGACCAAUUGUUUACAAGAUUAUUCCGACCCAUCCUCAAAUCCCACUCAAGAGAAACUAGAUUCAUUUAUUAAAUAUUCAAAAGAACAGUUUGACUAUAUUAAUAAUUUUAAAUCAUUAGAAUUAAAUUUAACAACAAUCCUAUCCAGAACAAACGAUAAAAUAUUCAACAAUGAAGAAUCAAAGCCAAAAAUGACAAAUAUAGUAUCAGAAAUUACAUUGGUUGAUGAAAAUUUAAAUCCAAAAACAAUCACUUCAAAUCUACUCGCAUUAAAUAUUGUAUUACCAAAAUAUAAAGAAGGAUCAAUUGUAAAAAUAAUUCAUGAUGACUCACAUCUCCGAAAAUUAAUUGAAGGAUCAAACAGACUCGAACUAGUAGACUAUUUAAAUGAAGUUUAUUUUAAACAUAACUAUAUGCCACCAAUUAGAUAUCUUUUUAACUCAAUAUAUUUAAUAAGAAGAGACUUUGACCUUUACAAGAAAUUUUCCUUAAACUUCCCAUCAGAAACCUACUCAUUAGUAUUUGAUCAUGCAUUCUUCAACACAUUCAUCCACAGAGAUUUUAACGAAGGUAUCGAAUAUUUGGAAAAACAAGCAAAUUCAAUAAUUAAAUCAAAUAAUAUAAAACGUUUAGUUGUCAAUUUAUUAUUGGGAAAUAGACAAUUUGAAUUGGCUACCAAAAUGCUUUUAACUAUGAUCAGAAAUAAUAUCUCAAUAUCUCCAGUUGCAAGAAAUAUAGUUCAUAGUGGUAGAUACCAUAGGUACAAUAUCCCAAAAGAAAUUUUUGAUAAAUUAAUGAAAAUUGAAGGUUUGGCAAAUAUAGAUUCAUAUAUUUUACUUAAAUACCUAAGCAACAAUCAAAUAAAAGAAGCAUACAAUUUUUUUAUUUCAAAUAAAGAGGGUUUACAUCAUGUUGACACAAUCCGUAUUGUCUUGGGUCAUAUUUUUCCACAACUCUUCCCACUGAGCGAUGAAAGGAAUAUUAAAAUCUGGAAAGGUCUUUUGGAGAAUUUGGAUCAAAAUCUUUUAAAUAAAAAAAUUCAUUUCUACGACAGUUUCUUGGGUGAUUUACACAAAUGGGGCAAAUAUGAUAAAAUUUUAGAAAUUAUCUCAAAAGACAAUACAAUUCUCACAACAAUCAAUCAAAAAACACUUUCAAACAUUUUAGGCUGUAUCAAAAACGAUCCUUUGUUAGUAAUAAAUUUAUUCAAAAAAUCAAGACCAUACGAAUUCUAUCACUAUGAUAUAAAGGAAAUUUUAAUUCAAAAUAAUAAACUUAUAAAUAAUGGUAAUGGUGACCCAGAAGUAAACAAUUUCCUCAAUAAUCCACCUCCUUCAGAAAAAGAAGAUAAACACAUCAACAAAUAUGAAAUAUCAGAUAAAACUAUAGAGUUUAUAAAAUCGAACUAUAUUGACCCUUCAAUAGUUUUAGAAGAACCAUUACUUUCAAAUAUUAGUGAUUAUUAG